AUGUCUCCCUUGAAGGAUUCUGCGUCGACCUCUGGGAAGGAGUCUGCUCCAGCUCCUCCCAUCGUUAGGCGCAGCAAAACCAUGCCAACUGAUAGUCCAUCAGCAAAGUUCCUCUAUGCCAUUGUCAAGCAGCUCGACCUCAAAGGUAUCGACUGGAACCUAGUCGCAUCGCAGCUCGAAAUCUCCAACGGCCACGCCGCUCGUAUGCGCUACCACCGCUUCCGAAACCAGAUGGAGGGAAUCCACUCCACGCAGCGGAAAAGAGCAUCAACCAAGCCCCCCAAGUCGGGCAUCAACUCUCUCAGAGCGAAGAAGCAGAAAGAGAUCACACCAGAGCCAACUCAGGAGGUCAAAGCCGAAUUCAAAGGCGAACCGGAACUGCUCACAGAGAGCGCCUACAAGACGGAGCCGCAUAUGAAAACUGACCCAUUCCUCUGCCAACCGUCCUCCAGUCUCGCCGAUAUCCCGCAAUAUGAGCCGCAGACAUUGGCUUCUUCGUAUGCGCAUUCGCGUUCUCCUUCCUUCGCUCCUUCUAUCGCAACUCCAUACCAAAAUAUGUCUUUGACUCCGGAGUUUCGCAUGUGUUCUUCCAUGCCUCCUUACCCUCCAGUUCCGGACUCGGUCGAGCACAGCUACCCGACUCCGGUUGAAUGGACACCAGUGCAAGUUGGGACAUUAAAUCCGUCUGAGGAAUACAAUGAUAUUGAGAUAGCGGAGAAGAAAGAAUGGGAAAGAGAGGACAACAGUGCUUAG